GUCAUGAGCAUUGGCUACGUGGAAGCCGGAAGUACCGCAGCUGCUUCCAGGUAGGCUUGUCCCAACAGCUGAAGGAUGAUGGCCGGGGACCCCGUGCUGUCCCUCCGGGUGUCCGACAUUAAGGACCCCGCGGCUCUGUUCGAGCGCUACACCACCGAGGACAUCCGCAGGAUCGAGCGCAAAGUCUGCGGGGAGAUCGAGCAGAAGAAGGAGGAGCUGAGGCAGAUGGUGGGGGAGCGCUACCGGGACCUGAUCGACGCCGCGGACACCAUCGGGGAGAUGCGCCAGUGCUCCGGGAGCCUGGUGGAGUCCAUCCAGGACAUGCAGCGCUACUGCCGCACGCUGAAGCAGAGCAGAGCCGGCAGGCAGGAGAACCAGGACCGGGACCAGAACCAGGACCAGCAGAAGUUCUACACCAUGGCCUCCCAGAUCAAGCUCCUCCUAGAAAUCCCGGAGCUCAUCUGGAGCUCCAUGGAGGCCUCCCAGUACCUCCAGGCCACCCAGCUCUACCUGCUCUGCUGCCAUCUGCAAAGCCUGCUGCAGCUGGAGGCUGCAGGGGGGCUCUACAGCCCAGUGCUGGCCCGCUUUCCCAUCCUGGUCCGCCAGGUCGCCACAACCGGACACUUCAGGUCGACCAUCCUGCUGGACAGCAGGUCUCUCCUCCGGGGCCGCGCCGUGUCCGACCAGGCCAUCGCCGAGGCGCUGGUCUCCACCAUGCUGCUGGAGGGCAGCUCGCCGCGCCAGGCUCUGGCUGACUUCCUGUUGGCCAGGAAGGCCUCCAUCCAUCAGCUGCUGAACCAACCACAGCACGGUGCUGGGAUCAAGGCCCAGGUGUGCAGCCUGGUGGAGCUGCUGGUCACCACGCUCUUCCAGGCCUAUGCUGUCUUCUACCUUCCUCCUGACGGGGCCCUCCGGCCAGCAGAGGGAGCUCUCAGCUGUGGGAUGCUCUUCUCCACCUUGGAGAAUGUGACCUCCUCCAGUCCUGCAGGGAGGGGCAGGAAGGUUCUGCAGGAGGAGUGGAGCACCGGCGGCUGGUUCCGGCACCUCCCUCCAUCCAUCACAGAGUUCCAGCCCAGCCUGCAGAGCCUGGCUCAGCCCAUCCUGACGGAGCAGCUCCGGGACACCCUGCAGCAGUGGAUCAACACCUGCAAACAGGACAUCUGUCGCGGCGUCGGCGCCCUGCUGGUCUACGUGAAGAGCCUGAAGGCGCUAGCCGCCAUCCGAGAUGCCGUGUGGGACCUUCUAUCCUCAGACUCCAUCAGUCAGCACUGGGGGAGCAUGUGCCAGCAGCUGCUGGGGCGCCCCCUGGCUGUGUGGGAGGACUUCUUACAGCAGCUCUUCCUCCAGCGCCUGCAGACCAUCAUCAAAGAGGAAACCCAGGCCAUCGCAGAGAUGUCGGUGCAGCUCCUCACCUCAGCUGUGAGAGACCUGGAGGGCCCCCAGUCCUCCUCCGGCCGCGGCGCUCAGUACGAGGUGGACGUGGCGUCCUUCCUGUGGUCGGAGGCUCCGGGGGACCUGCUGAGCGAUGUGGCCUGGGUCAGCGUGGCGCAGCGGGGGGGCCAGCAGCAGCAGAGGAGCGGCCUGGCCAUGAAGACCCAGGCUCUGACCCCCUGUGUUCAGAACUUCUGCUCCUCUUUGGAUGCGAAGCUUAAAGCGCGGCUUGAUGACCUGCAGCACUACCUUCCCUCCCAGGAUGCAGCAGGUUCCCGCUCCUCCUCCGGACCUCCUGACUCCUCCUCCUUUAACCGCUACACGGACUCCCCGGCGGUGGAGGAGGCUCUGCGGGAAGGCUGCGUCACCUGCGUUCGCCACAUCCUGUUCUCCAUACGCUCUGAGCUGGACCCGGCUCCGGCCCGCCUCGGCUCCGUCCUGUUCAUGGCCAGAUUGUGCCAGUCGCUGAGCCAGCUCUGCCCCAGCCUGAAGCAGUGCAUCCUGGGAACACAGAGCUCCAGGGAGGCGGCGGUGAGUGGGACCCCCAGGCAGGGCAAGAAGCUGAGCAAAUCCAAGGCUGCUGCCGAGGUCAGCCCGGAGCAGGCCAAGUGGGCGGGGCUAAAGGAGGAGCUUCUGGGCUGCAGCAUGGAGGCAUACCGGAUCUGGAGCUCCGCCCGUGCUAAGGGGCUGACGGAGAGGUUCGCCGCCGCCCUGCUGGCCGAGUCCGCUGGAGCCGUGCUGACGGCUGCAACAGGCUGGGAAGAUCUGGAGAUUCAGGAAGAGUCUGAGUCCGGGAGCAACGUCACGUCAAAGAUCCGCCUCCCGGUCCAGCCCUCCUGGUUCGUGCAGACUCUGCUGUUCCAGCUGUGCGUGGAGGUGAACAGGGUGGGGGGUCAUGCCCUCCCCCGGCCCACCCUGCAGGAGCUGCUCCAGGCCUGUCUUCAUCAAGCUCUUCAUCAUUAUGGCGUCCUCUCGGAGCGAAUGCGGGAUGGGGAGGGGGCGCUCCCAGUCACCCAGAACCGAGCCCUGCAGCUGCUGUUCGACCUUCGUUACCUCAACACCACACUGAGCAGCAGGCUGGAGGAGGGGAAGACCUCCAGGUCUCAGCAGGACCCCAGAUUCCUCCAAAUCUGUGAUUGGCUGGAAAGCUUCAUUGAUCCAUUCGACCUGGACGUCUUUACGCCUCCACUGAACGCCAACCUUAACCGGCUGAGCCAGAGGACCUCGGUGCUGCUUGGCCUCCUGAUCGGCUCAGAGAAGCAGUUUGCUCCACGGAGCGCUGGAAGCUCUCAGGAACCCUCCAACAUUCUGCCCUUGGCCAGCAGUCAGAUCAGGUUCGGGUUGCUGCCUCUCAGCAUGUCAAAUGCUCGAAAGUCCAAGUCGUCCUCCAGGGCGUCUGAGGCGUCCCAGAAGCUGGUAAGUUCUGCUGGGACCUUUGGGCCUUUUGGACCUCGCCUGUGGCGCCGUUUCUCCUCCCAGAGGUUCUGAGAUUGACGCCUGCAG